AUGGAGAAUGCAUUCCGGAGGCCAGUGCCCACGAAGGGAGCUCUGCGGCAGAAACGGGGCCGGAGCAGUUCUGGGUGCCGAGGCCACCAGCCCCGGGCCCGGCAGGGAGCAGGCGCUGCUCGCCUGGGCCCCAUCUCGGAGCUCCCGGACCUCUGGCCCCCGCCCCCGCCCCCACCCGCCAGCCGUCCGGGCGAAGGACACACCAAAGCGCCGACGGAGCGGGGCCCCGGCGCCCCGCCCCGGGCACGUUCCCGGGCACGGAGACCCUGCCGCCUCGGGUUUCGCGCGCCCGUCCCCGUCUCGGACCCGCGUCCCUCACCCGCGGCCGCUUCGCCUGGCGCCCCGUGCACGCGCGGCUGCCGCUGCCGUCCCGGCGUUGCUGUCUCGGCCCGCGCCCUCCUCCUGUCCGAUCCCCCUCCGGUCCCGACCGCCGGUCGCUCCGAGCCGGGCUCCCGAGAGCGCAGCGCCGAGUUUUGUUGUGGGGCGGGCGGCGCGGGGGGCGGCGCGGAGUUACUCUUCCAGCUGGAGAGGGAGACGGACGCCCUCGUGAACUUCCAGCACUAUUCUAUCCAGCUGCCGCCCUUCUACGAGAGCUCCAGCCAAGUCCUGCACGUCGAGGCCCUGCAACAGCUGACCGACCUCAUCCGCAGCCAUCCCAGCUGGUCGGCGGCCCAUUUGGCGGUGGAGUUGGGCAUCCGAGAGUGCUUCCAUCACAGCCACAUCAUCAGGUGUGCUGAAAUGAUCAUCAGCAUGGACAGCAGCCAGAUCCACAGCAAAGACCCUCGCUAUGGAGCCAGCCCCCUCCACUGGGCCAAGAACGCAGAGAUGGCCCGCAUGCUGCUGAAGCGGGGCUGCGACGUGAACGGCACCAGCAGCUCGGGGAACACAGCCCUGCAUGUGGCCGUCAUGCGCAACCGCUUGGACUGUGUCAUGGCCUUGCUGACCUACGGGGCCAACGCCAACGCCCGCGGAGAGCACGGCAACACGCCGCUGCACUUGGCCAUGUCGAAAGACAACGUGGAGAUGAUCAAGGCCCUCAUUGUGUUUGGGGCAGAGGUGGAUACCCCAAAUGACCUCGGAGAGACUCCUGCUUUCAUAGCUUCCAAGAUCAGCAAACAACUGCAGGACAUCAUGCAUAUCUCCCGGGCCCGGAAGCCGGCGUUCAUCCUGAGCUCCAUGAGGGACGAGAAGCGGACCCACGACCACCUGCUCUGCCUGGACGGAGGGGGCGUGAAGGGCCUCAUCAUCAUCCAGCUCCUCAUUGCCAUCGAGAAGGCCUCGGGCGUCGCCACCAAGGAUCUCUUUGACUGGGUGGCGGGGACCAGCACUGGAGGCAUCCUGGCCUUGGCCAUUCUGCACAGCAAGUCCAUGGCCUACAUGCGGAGCGUGUACUUUCGCAUGAAGGAUGAGGUGUUCCGAGGCUCGCGGCCCUACGAGUCGGGGCCCCUGGAGGAGUUCCUGAAGCGCGAGUUUGGGGAGCACACCAAGAUGACCGACGUCAAGAAACCCAAGGUGAUGCUGACAGGGACGCUGUCUGACCGGCAGCCUGCUGAGCUUCACCUCUUCCGGAAUUACGAGGCUCCGGAGUGUGUACGGGAACCUCGUUUCAGCCAGAAUAUUAACCUGAAGCCUCCGACUCAGCCCUCAGAGCAGCUGGUGUGGCGAGCUGCCCGGAGCAGUGGGGCGGCCCCCACCUACUUCCGGCCCAACGGGCGCUUCCUGGACGGCGGGCUGCUGGCCAACAAUCCCACGCUGGACGCCAUGACGGAGAUCCAUGAGUACAACCAGGACAUGAUCCGCAAGGGCCAGGAAGGCAAGGUGAAGAAGCUCUCCAUCGUGGUCUCUCUGGGGACAGGGAGGUCCCCACAGGUGCCCGUGACCUGUGUGGACGUAUUCCGUCCCAGCAACCCCUGGGAACUGGCCAAGACUGUUUUUGGGGCCAAGGAACUGGGCAAGAUGGUGGUGGACUGUUGCACGGAUCCGGAUGGGCGGGCUGUGGACCGGGCCCGGGCCUGGUGUGAGAUGGUCGGCAUCCAGUACUUCAGAUUGAACCCCCAGCUGGGGACUGACAUCAUGCUGGAUGAGGUCAGCGACACAGUGCUGGUUAAUGCCCUGUGGGAGACUGAGGUCUAUAUUUAUGAGCACCGAGAACAGUUCCAGAAGCUCAUUCAGCUGCUGCUGUCACCGUGA